AUGUCGACCAGACAGCUGCGCAAGCUGCAGAAGCAGCGCGAGCUAGAACAAGCUAUUGAGAAACACAACGACGAGUCUGAUGAAGGCGAAGAGAGCGAACGAGAGCCUGUGCCGGCCGCCCGACCCAAGCCAAACCUGUUUGCCGCUCUUGGUGGCGACGAUGACGCAGACGCCGAAGCGGACGAAGACGAAGAUGACGAAGGCGGAGCGAUAAUUGAGCCUGUGGUAGAUGCACCGCAACAGGCCGCGAGCGCAAAGAAGAAUAGAAAGAAGAAGAAGAAGAGCAAAAAGAAGGCUGCAUCGGCAGCGGCAGAGGACCAUGAGGCUGCUCGAGGUACCGAGGAAGAUGAAAUUGACAAGGCGAUCAAGGCGCUCAAAAUCUCCAACACCGGAAAGGGCACGUCUGCGCAAGACGAAGAGAAGCAGCGCCGCGCCGUGGCGUCCAAUAGCAUUUUUCAGAUCAACACAUAUCAUCUCCGAGCCAUCAACGAGAUGCGCAAUCUCUUUGGCCGCGAGAUCAUCGAGUCAGCACAGGCUGAAGAGGAGCGCCAGCAACAGGAGCAGCAGCAGCAGAUGCGACGAGGGCGCGGUAACACGCAGUUGGAUCUGGAGACAUUUCUGCGUACGCAGGCGCCCAACGCGAAGAAGCUGCCCGAGGUGUCGCUGCGGCGCAAUCCUUUCAUUCAGGGUCGCGACUAUUGGCCCGCCCAGUCGGCGAGCGGCCUCACCAUGAAGGAGAUUGCCAAGGCCGACGAUGGAUCAUCGACCGAGUACGCGUACCUGCACGAGGGAGAGUACGACAGCCUGCAGAUGCUCUUUUUCGCGUGCGUGCAGAUUGGCGACCCGAUGCGCAUGGUUAAUCUCCUCAAGCGCGUGCCGUAUCACAUCUCGACGCUGCUGCAAGUCAGCGCCGUGGCCAAGCAGGACCAGAACAUGGCGCUGUCGUCGGAGCUGUGCGAGCGCGCGCUCUUUACGUUUGGUCGCGUGACAACGUCGGCGUUUCGUCAAAAUCUCGAACAGGGCAAGGCCAGACUGGAAUUCCGCCGCCCGGAGAACAGACAGUUCUGGCUCGCGGGCUAUCAUUACCUGCGGAGUCUGCUGCGGAAGGGCACAUAUCGCACCGCGCUGGAGUGGGCGAAGCUGUUGUAUGCGUUGGACCCCAAAGAUCCCUACUCGAUGAGGCACUACCUUCACUUUUUGGCUGUACGCGCGCACGAGUCGAAAUGGCUUCUGGACUUCUUGCAAGACGUGGAUGAGGAUGUGUACAAUGUGCACGAAGAUUUUAUCUACUUGAAGCAAAGCGGCAUCUUGGCCAUGCUACAGAUGGGCGAGACGGAGUCGGCAAAGGAGGCGCUCACCAAGGGCAUGCAGAGAGUGCCUUGGCUGUACUGCGCGCUCUUCCAAGAGCUCGGCCUGGACGCGCCACCGUCCAUAUGGGGCAUCCACGCCGAGUCGGAUUCGCGCCAGUUCUGGGUCAAGCUGUACCUGCACUUUGCCAAGGAUCUCUGGAACAACACACAGGCCAGCUCACUUCUCACACAGGUCGCCAAGAGCAUCGAAAAGGUACAAGUCGGCGACCUACCAGCCGACGAUGCGAUGCCCGAUCUCGGCGCCACACGACUGGUCUACCUCGAAGGCCAGACGAGCCUCAUCACCCUGGCGCCGCGCGAGCUGCUCGAGCGCCAGCCCAACUACGACUUUGACCCCAUGCCGCCGGCGAAAGAGGACAACAUCUUCACGUACCAAGGCACACAGCUGCCAUGGGCCGACGACCGUGCCGGCGGCGGCAGAGACGAUGCCACCAACGAAGCCCUUGCACGCAUGCAAAACAUGCUCGGUGCGCAGCAACGCGGCGGCGGUAUGCCGGCCCGAGGGUUUGGCAUGGGGGCGGCAGCGGACGACGAAUCAGAUUACGACGACGAGACGGAUGAGGAGCUGCGACGGGACCUGGAAGAGCAUGCGCGCAGGAGCAGAGAGCCUGGCUUCCUGGGUAAUCUAAUGCAGAUGCUGGGUGUUGGCGGCCGCGGUGCCCCUGCGGAAGAGGCUGAGGAACAGCACGACGAGUAUGGUGUGGAAGAGGAGGAUGGGGAUGUGCCGGGUGGAUGGCCAGGGCACGGCGGAAAUAGAUGA